AUGGUCCGGAAAAAAUGUUUGGUUCCUGUUUGCCCCAAUACGUCGGAUAAUUCGGAUAAAAUAUUUCUGUACGUGCCAAAAUGUUUGGAUUUCCGAAGACAAUGGGGGACUGUUCUGAAAGUUCCCGAUGCAGCGAUAAAUAAUAGCAGUGUUGUAUGUGAAGACCACUUCGAUCUUGAAAAGGAUGCAGCGAAUUGGAUGUAUUACAAGACCAUUGGUAAAAAGUUGACGCUGAAGAAAGACGUACUUCCUCAUAAGUACAUAGAGAGCCCACCUCCAAUUGAUUUACCUAGUUGUUUGUCCGACACUGAGAAAAAAAGAAAAUUGGAAACCUUGCGGAAUUAUUAUAGAGCUAAAUCUCGUUCCCUUGGGCUGAGUUUUAAGGAAACUGUUUUUAAAAAAUUUGAUUUCGUCAAAGUUGAAAUGAAUUCCCGUAAUCAGUGUCCAAAUGUUGAAGAAGAAUAUGCUACUCAUAGAGAAUUUCUGGUUGAUGAAAUUCAAUGUAGCACUGAAAAUGUGGUCAAAGAAAAUGACCGGCAAACAAUAUCAGUCAAAAUAGAAAAUAAUGAACACAUUGCCUUAAGUGGCACAAACAAACUUAGUAAUGAAACCAGUCCGGUGAAGACUGAAGAUACAGAUGUUAUCGAAAACUUUUCGGAUGAUAACGGAAGCCAAGAAGAAUUCCAUGAAGAAACGAAUUCGGAAGAGAAGGACUACACUUGUGAUUUCUGCGGUUAUUCCACCAGCCAAGAGGAAGAUCUCGAAAGACACAUAGAUCUCACGCAUAUGAAGUUUCGCGAUUUGAGAUGUUACCUGUGUAACUAUCACGCCACAAAAAAAAGUAGGCUGAGACUUCACAUGAACCUGUUCCACUUGAAUCCCAACAGCUACAAGUGCAAUUUAUGUUAUUUCGUCGGGAAUCAGAGGAGCGACCUCCAAAACCAUUUAAAUUCCGCCCACGUCAAUAUGAAACCGCAGUACAAGUGCCACCUUUGCGAUUAUACCUCCAGCAAGAGAUCUCUCAAAAUUCACAUGGAUAAUGUUCAUUUAAAGGUUAGGAGAUUUAUGUGUACAUUUUGCGAUUACGCUUCGAAUCAUGAGAUCCGCCUGAGAAAGCACAUGAAUUUGGCUCAUCGUGAGCAACAGGAGUGUCGAUCUUGUGCUGAUAAAAAACCUCUACCUAUCAUCUUGAGAAGGAGGAAAGAUGCAAUAUCUGAACAAUGUCCGUUUGAAUGCAAGGUGUGACGUUUGCUGGACUUUCACAUAGGAAAUCGGUUUUUUAUAACUGCUUGUAUCAAGAAGUUGAGAACUUUGAAUAAAAUCAUAUUGAUAAUGUUAAGUUUGAAUUUGAAGCAAUAAAAAUGCAACUAUA